GAAGGAGAGGGAGGCAGCCGGUGUGAACUGCUAUAGUACUCCCGAAAUGUUGGGGGGGAAAUCAGUCCACGCUUUAACAAUUUAAUUUGACGUAGAUGAUUACUUAUGUAUCUCGAUAUAUCACUGCCUUGCCCCUGUUUGAAUUGUACAAUGAGCAGUUUAUGCGGACUACCUAAUUUCCCUCCUUUAAAGUGGCGGACGACAAGCAGCCAAAGAAUGGAGAGCAAUUAAAGGAUUGAUUACAAAAUAUGGAGAGGAUGAUAGCUUUUUCUUUACGGCUCCUCAUGUGCGUGGAACUAAUGGAUAGAGCUGUCGGGUACCUGACUGUUACCAUCGAACCCAUACCCCCUGUCAUUGUGGGCGAUACCGUGACUCUGAAGUGUAACUUCAAGACUGACGGCAGACUGAGAGAGAUCGUCUGGUUUCGGGUUACAGAUGGGGGCAGCAUGAAGCAGAAAAUCUUCACGUAUGACGCCAUGUUCAACACCAAUUACUCACACAUGGAGGACUACAGGAGGCGCGAGGACCUCGUCUAUCAGUCAACGAUCAGGCUCCCAGAGGUCCGCAUCGCUGACAACAGGCCCUACGAGUGUCACGUGGGCGUCUACGACCGCUCGACACGGGAGAAGGUGGUCCUGGCUUCAGGGACCAUCUUUCUCACGGUCAUGGCGCCUCCUGUGUUUAUCUCGGUGGUGGAAGCUGACACUCCGGCCUCUUUCAGCCGCUACCAGGCACAGAACUUCACUCUGAAGUGCAUCGUAUCUGGAGGAAAACCCGCCCCGACGGUGUUUUUCAAACGUGAUGGGGAGACGAUCAACGUGAUCCCCUAUAUUCAGCCUGCAGCUGGGGGGGAGGGUGGGUCAACAGGCGGCAAAGGGUCCAGACCCCCAGUCACCCGCAUCUUCGAUGACACCGCCCCGCACGGCUCGCGACCCCUCCUGCACCCGGGUGGUAGGCCGGCCCAGCUGCACCCGGAGAUCCCCCCGCAUGGCGACGUCCCCUGGGCACCGAGGGUCAGCCCGGCUCCGGCCACAGCGCCCCGGCGCUGGAUGCCCACCAGCCACCCGCUCUACUACUACCAGCACACGCACAUUCCCUUCAGCAAUGGCACCACGGAGGUGCAGGCACUGUUGACCUGGAGGCUGAACCCCCAGCUGGACGACCAGGCCCUGUUCAGCUGCGAGGUCAAGCAUCCCGCCCUGUCUGUGCCCAUGCAGGCCGCAGUCACGCUGGCGGCCCCCAAAGGCCCCAAACUCCUAAUGAGCCCAUCAAGGGCAAAGGUAGGGGAUACAGUCCGCAUCGCCGUCCAGGGUUUCCAGGUAGGAAGACUUGGGAACGACGUGUUCCCUCAGCCCCUGGUCACCUGGACCCGGGUUGGGGGCCUCCUGCUGGAUGGGAACGUGCAGCACGAUGGGAGGGAGCUCGUACUAGAGCGGGUACCGGCUGAGCUGAACGGCUCCAUGUACCGCUGCACGGCGGAAAACCCGCUGGGCGCCGUGGACACGCACGCCAGACUCGUUCUGUUCCAAAACCCAAGUAUGAUGAAAGGCACACAGGAUCGAAACAACGCCGCAUCCCGCAGGGACACGCUGGGGGUCCGCCUGCUGACACUGCUCCUUACGAUGACCCUUGAAGUCACAUGAGGGCCGCGGACGCGCUGGACUUCGAACUGCCGCUUCUGCACAGACCUGGGGUUC